AGGGCUUCCUCUCACUACCGUAUUUGGAAAGGCCAAGCGGAUGCUUCACAUUUAUACAUCCGGUGAAAUAUAUGUGUCAUUGUUCUAUCUGUGGUACAACUCCCAUAGUUCACUGUUGAACACAAUUUUGUCAGAUGGCAUACGGGUGAAAUAUAGUUGUGGGUGGGCUAGACAGCACAAAAAAAUGCUUAGAACACGACGAUACAGCCACAAACUUCCAAAUAUGAAUAGGUUGAGGUACACAGAUUUUAGACGAGAAGAUCGUGUCCCAUCCGGUUUCUCACAGCCGGGAGAACAUUGUUGAUCAUUCGGAACAUUAGCUACUCACUCACUCCCUGUGGUGUUGCUGCACCGUCUCGAUCAAGAAAAUCGCAUCACAUUGGAUUCUCUUGGAAUUCCUCGCUGCAUGUGCGCUAGCUGGCAGGAGUGUACCAGAAGCCUAGCCCCGUGUAUAUGUGUACUACCUUGCCGACUAACGUUACACACUCACACCAGACCGACAGACUGUGGCGGAGAGACUGCGAGCGGACGAUAGACCACAAGUUAGGACUGAGCAAGGACACGAAGUUGGGUACAUUUGUAUUGUAUCAAUCAUGUCUAUGCAUUGUUCUGUAUUGUAAUCGUUGCUAGCUAAUACGUCCAAAGGAAAGAUGUAACUAGAUACGUUGCAUUCAGACAUGCUAACGUAGUUGGUAUAGCUAGCUAGUGGUCUGUGACAAUCAAGUAGCCAACGUUAGUUAGUUAAUUUCAAAAUCCAGAAAUUGGAGUAGCUAGCAGUUAUGCUAAAACUGCAGCUAGCUACUGAACUAUAAUCCUAGUAGGAGGGACACAGAAACGGCUAGAUUCUAACAGAAUAGAAAGCGUAUUGCACCCCCAGAACAGUAUUGCACCCCUACAACACGGAAGGAGUUGCAAUAGAUAUGUAGUAACGAACCAUAUAAUAAUGCAGAUUUUUUUUUGGGGGGGGGGUGCAUCCCAGGUUUCCUAUCCAUUCUACUACACUGAUGUGGGUGUAGUAGUCUGAGUGACUGACAAGACCAUUGAAAAGAAACAAGAUGAGUAGUACCAAGAGGAAAGCAGAAGGGCAAUCUAGGACCAGGAAGUCUGGAAGCUCCAGAACAGACUCGGAGAGAGACUCUGGCUUCUCAGAUGCCAGCACCAUAGACCUGACAGAUUCUGAGGACUCAUCUCGCACCGUGUCCAAGAGAGAGGCCCAGCGCCCUGCAUCCGGGUCCGGGUCUCAUCCCUCACAGCUAGCUGUGUUGGGGGGUCCUACUCCAACAUGUCCCCCAUGAUCAUGAAAAAUGUCUGCCUAAAACAGCCUGGGAACAACCCUCCCUCUCAGAAGCCAUGGGUGUUUAGCCCAGCUGUGGAGAUGGUCCAGCAGCCUCAGGUGGUCUUCGUCCAGCCCGUUGUCUCCCCUGUGGUCUCCCACUGCACCACAUCCAACCCUAAGGAGGCCACUUCCAAACACUGGCGCUCCAAGAAGAAUCUUCCUAUCCUCAGGUCCUACCCGAAGAUCGCCCCUCACCCUGGAGACAGUUCGAGUUCCUCCGGGGGAGUAAGCUCUUGUUAUUUCCCCGCUUCAUCCCCCUCUGCCUCUAGCCACCGGGAACACCAUCACAACCACAGAAACAAACAGCAGAGGCACCAGUCUAGAAGUUCUAGCUGUGGUUCUUCUGGUUCCAGAACCCCCAGUCUCCCUCCUCCCUCUAGCUCCCUGUCCCCCUCUCCCCAGCAUAAGCUCACCCCCUCCCUCACAGACUCCAGUGCUUGCAGCAGCCCUGCAAGAUCCUCUCUCGCCGUCAGUAGAUCAGAGUUCUCCCCAGCCCCAGCCCCGUCCCCUGCCUUAACCAUAACACCUUCAGACACCCUCACCUCUGAGGUCCCUGAGAAAACCAAGACCCUCUCCCUCCCACAACCCACCGUCGCCACAACCAAUGACAACAGCUGCCACGAUGACAGCAACCACGACGACAAUGGCGAUGACCAUGACAUAAAGCGCAAGCGUUUCUGCAACACGUACAACAUCCUGUCCAAGUCUGGCCUGCUGGAGAUCACCCUGAGUACCAAGGACCUGAUUCGUCAGAACCGCAGGACCCAGGUAGACCUGGACCGGCUCAAGGAGCACACCAACCUCUUCCUGCAGGCCCUGCAGACCAGAGAUACCAGCAUCUGGAGCAAGCUUGCAGACCAGCCUCCAGGAAGAACAGGAAGAGAAGGACAGUGGGCAGCAGAGCAGCUUAAAGGCAGAUACAGAUUAGAUCUGAACUAAGUAAAAGCAGGGUUUCAUCUGUUAGACUGGGCAGAGACACCAAUAUUCAAGCAUUGUCUCUGGUUUUCAAGCCAAUUUAAACAGGAAGGAGACUGGACCAUUCAGGAACAUUCAACACAAGCCAUUCUGGGGGGCAGUGCUAGCUGUGUGCAACUAGAGAUUCUGGGUUCGAGUCCAGGCUCUGUCCCAGCCGGCCAUGACCGGGAGACCCAUGGGGCGGCGCACAAUUGGCCCAGCAUCGUCCGGGUUAGGGGAUGGUUUGGCUGGCAGGGGUUUCCUUGUCCCAUCUGGCACUAGCGACUCCUGCGCCAGGCCCGCACGCUGACACGGUAGCCAGUUGUAUGGGGUUUCCUCUGACACAUUGGUGCAACUGGCUUCCGGGUUAAGUGGGCAUUGUGUCAAGAAGCAGUGUGGCUUGGUUGGGUUGUGUUUCGGAGGACGCACAGCUCUCGACCUUCGCCUCUCCCGACUCCGUACGGGAGUUGCAGCGAUGAGACAAGACUGUAACUACCAAUUGAAUACCACAAAAUUGGGGAGAAAAAGAGAUUAGGAAGAAGACAUUCUUCGACAUUAACAUUUGUUUAAUUGUCCAGCGGAAAAAAUAAAACUCCCAAGCGUAGGUUUUCAGAAGACUGCGGCGGGUUUCCCUCUAACUUUUUACCUGAGCUUUGCUCCUUUAAUAUUUAUUUUGAUCCUGACAAACUCCCUAGUCCCUGUCGGUGACAAGCAUACCCAUAACAUGAUGCUGCCAAAAAGUGUAUUUUUAUAUUUAUUUGGUGUGUUGUCUUGCAGUCUUGUUCAACGUCCUUGUUGCAAACAGAAUGGAUGAUUUGAAGUGGAUUUUUAACACAGGCUUCCUUCUUUUCAAUUUGUCAUACAGGCCAGUAAUGUGGAGUGAAUGCAAAUGUUGUUGAUCUUCUGUAUUUUCAAGUAUUGUGGUGGCAGCAUCAUGUUAUGGAUGUGCUUGUCAUGCUGGCUAUCUCUGAGAUAAGCCAUAUGGGGCUGUUUUACUGAAAGCUGUAAGUGUCCACCAACUGAUACUUUAACCAGUUAUAGUUAUGACUUGAAAUUGGGCAUGCUGAGUAAAAUAGGCCUAUUUUGAGGAAAGCUUGCGUGGUAUGGCUAGUGAGAGUGCUAGAAUGGGUACCUGAACUGAACCCAACAAACAAACAACAAUUAAAAAAAAAAAAAUGUAUGGUCUAAAUUUAAAAUGAAGAUCUUUAUUGAUAUGCUUUACAAGAGCCAGUAGGUUUCCACUGUAAAAUGUCUAAGAAGAAUGGAAAGCAGGCAACACAGAAUACUUUUUUCCUCUUUGUGAAUUCAUGAACCUCUGGACAAGGAAAGACGGUGCUUUACCUAAAGACUCCUUCAGGACUCCAGUGAGGAUUCUGUUCAUCAAAGCAUUUUUUUUAAACAACAAAGACUGACAUAUGAUCAUUUUCAGGGCCUUAUCAAAAAGCAGAACUUUAUUUAAAACCUUGUAUUGUAUUUGCAUGGGAAGUUACUCCCAAGUAAGACUAAGUUGGCACAAUUUAUCAUGAGGUUUAAGUUAUUUUUAAACCUGCGAUUGUGUUUUUGUAAUAGACCAAGCAUCAUAUCUCCCUGUCCUAUGUUACUUUCAUGGCCUUAUUUAGACAAUUGAUUAUGUGGUGUUCAAUUAUUUUAUUUUAUUUUUCAAAUAAGGAGUUCUCCAUAAGAAGACAGACUGUCAGACGUACAGUAGCCCUUAGUGAUAUAUCUUGUUAUUUUGUCCUGCAAAGCAUCGGAGUGCCUCGAAGUUGUUACAAAUUCAAAGAAGGUGAUAUCAUUUGUGCUUUACUGCCUAAAAUGCAAAUAACAGUACAUGUUAUCUUCAGUGUAAGUAGUAAUAGGCCUCGGGGAAGCCAUUUUAAAACUUGAGCUUCCUGAAUUUCUCAUCUAUAAGAACUGCAUAACACCUGUAUGUGCUUGUUACCACAGUUCAAAUAGGUUAAAAAAAAACUGUAAAAGUUUGUCUUAUAUUUAAAUGUUUGCAGCUGUUUUUCUAUCAUUGUUAACCUGGCUCCUCAUCGCAAGGACAUAAAUGAAAUGUAAUUAUAUUAAUAUUAUAAGCUCAAUGUUUCAAUAGCACAGCAGUAGUAGCUUGUGAUUGAUAACAAAAUGAGAAAAUAAUGCUUAACAGAUUCUGUACCAAUAUUUUUUUAAUUUAAAAUAUAAACAAUGUAAAAGCUGCAGAAAAAUAAAUUGAUGAUGAUGUUGACUUCCUAAAACACAUUUUUCUUUUUUGCAGCUAUGCAAAUCAGGAUCCUUUAAUUGAAUGAUGGUUAGUAAAUGCAGUAUCUGUGUUUGUGUUGCUCAAGUGAACUUUUUUUUGUUCAGUUUUUUAGAAGAUACAUUGCUUGCUUAAUAAACGCUAUUUCCAAGAA